AUAGUCAAUAAAAGGCAUGACUUAUAUUGACAUUGAAGGCCGGCAAAAAAGGAACGCCCCUAAACAGAAUCAAAUUGUAUUUUUCGUCCUUUAGAUCGGACUGACAAUAAAUCUACUUCGACCGGGAUUUUAAGAUUAAUGAUGAAUAGUAUUGGAAUAUAUUUGUGAUAUUUGCUUACGGAGUGAAAAUGAGCGAAUCUCCGAAAACGUCAAUAAAAGACGCUAACUUAGGCGUUAGGCAAAGGCAGACACCCGACAUAAACAUUGAAAUUACCACGAUUGACGCUGAUAUAUCGGGAUCUGGAAAGAGUCAGCAGACUAAUUCAAAUCUUAACAAUGUCACUUCAACUACUGCUGAUGGAAAUGACACUGCGACUGGUGGAAAGGACACUGCGACUGGUGGAAAGGACACUGCGACUGGUGGAAAGGACACGACCAACAAGUCCGGAUCGACUACAAAGUGGGGAGUCCAUGAAGAUCUAAAGCACCUGCAAGAGGAGGAUAUCAUUUUAGCUGCAACUUUAGUGAUUGAUGCUAAGGAAGGAAGGAAUUUUACUUUCAAAACAGAGCCCACAUAUGUCAGGUCCUACAACCUGUACCAUAAAUUCUACCUGAGAUAUCUUCUGUAUUUGAUGAUCCUCUUCAACCUGUCCUUGGCUCUCUUUGAGAAACCUGCCAAACCAGGAUGGGAGAUACCUUCAUGGGCCUCCAUGAUUCUGGAGACAGUGUGUUUGGCGUAUUUUGCUUUUCGUUUUGCUCACUCCGCCUUCUUUAGUCGGAGGAGCGUGUUCUGGAAGGACACAAAGAACCUCAUGAUUCUCAUUGUCAUUGUGCUGACAUUUAUCGAUAUGAUAUGCUACAUAAUCUGGGACAACGUACAAAAUUCUACUCGACCAGUCAGAUGGUCACGUCCUUUGCGGCCUCUUUUUCUCAUCAACUUUCCGGACGGAAAACAGAUCCGACGAGCUUUCCGUAACAUCCGUCGAACAGUUCCAGAGAUCAUGAAUGUUCUCAUUCUGUUUAUCCUCAGUGUUCUGCUGUUUGCGUUACUCGCACUCAAACUCUUCAGUAGAAGGAAUUUAGUGUAUGCCAAUGGAGAUCAGUACUUUAAGACCUACCCUGAUAGUAUUUGGGAUCUGUAUGUCUUAGUCACCACAGCAAACAGCCCCGAUGUCAUGAUGCCGGCCUAUGAUAACAGUAACUGGUUUGCUUUGUUCUUUGUUUUCUACAUCGUGAUUUGUUGGUUAAUCUUCAUGAGUAUCGUGUUGGCUGCCAUUUACUACAGCUACAGAAAAAAUCUCAAGAAUGAGAUCAGGGCAGCUGUUUAUGGUAAGAGGAGGAAGCUGGCUCAGGCUUUCGAUAUCCUGAAAGUUCAGAAAGGAGGCCGCCUGGUGGUGACCUACACAGCCUGGUGUGAGUUAAUGAAGCGUGUCAUUCCUAACCGAAGUCGAAGUCACAUUGACCUACUUGUCAGGGUGCUGGACAUAGAUGGAUCCAAUAUGAUUCGCAAACAGCAGUUCCUGAAGCUGGCUGACCUUCUAGAACUUCAGUUGACAGAGGUCAAGGACAGACAGACUUUCCUGGAACAGAAAUUCCCUUCCCUCUACAACUCCUUCUUGAGCGGAAUAGUUAAACUGGUGGUCAGACACAAAGGAUUCCGAUAUUUCUUUGACUUUAUGAUAUUUGUCAAUGCCUGGUUUAUCGGAUUCGAUGUGGACGAGGCAGAUUGGUUUUUCCUUGGGAUAUUCAUGGUGGAAAUCAUUUUAAAACUGUACACGUUUGGACCCAGGGAAUUUUUCAAGGUCUUCUGGAAUGUGUUUGACUUUUUAGUCAUCGGUGCAGCAGUAAUAGCUUCUGCCAUUGAAGCCAUAGAGGACUCCACUUAUGAGGAAUUCCAGCUGUUGGAUUAUCUUCUUGUUUUAAGAGUUUUGAGGCUUUUCAAAAUAUUUGGAAGCAUCAAACGCUUUAAAGUCAUUCUCCAAACAAUCAUCAACAUCGGCCCGUCUAUCAUCACUUACGGUGGGGUCAUAAUGGUAUUUUACUACAUCUUUGCUAUUAUUGGGAUGGAGGUGUUCCAGAAUCUGAUUCAUUAUUACGACUACUACAAAGACUCAUCUCCUCCGUUUUGUGGGAAUGCCGCCCUGAACGGGACCCUGUUCUAUAGAAACCACUACUGUAACAACAACUUUAACGACCUCCUCCACUCGCUCGUGGUGUUGGUGGAGCUUACUGUCGUUAACCAGUGGCAUGUGUUAGCAUCAGGUUUCGUGGCUGUAACCAGUAAAGUGGCUCGUCUUUAUUUCUUUAGUUUCCAUAUGUGUUGUGUCAUCAUCGUUUUAAAUAUAUUUAUUGCAUUUAUUCUUGAGGCAUUUAUUUUGGAGUACACCAUACAGAAAGUGGGAAAAUUGGAAUCGUAUGUUGAACAAAAAAUUCGGGAUUUGGGUUUAGGACUUGGACAGACAGGUCCAAAACAGCGCCACCUUUCCACAGCUAACGACGAUAGUGAACUGGUUCCCAAUGAAGAGCUGAGCAAUGUGGACAAUCCAGAUUCUGACUCUGAUACAGACAGUAUUCCAGAUUUAUCCACAGAAAGGGGGCUGAGAUUUCACCUCAAAAAGAAAAGUCGCAAGAAGGUAGAGGUUCUACUGCAACAGAUGUUUGAGGGCGAGAUCGAUCCAGAAGAUGAGGGACCAGAGAACGAGACAGAAAUCUACACAGACCGAGGACCACGACGUGUCACCUUAGACACGGUCGCCUAGACAGUCUUGUCUAUAGAUGCACCUUAGACACGGUCGCCUAGACAGUCUUGUCUAUAGAUGCACCUUAGACACAGUCGCCUAGACAGUCUUGUCUAGAUGCACCUUAGACACAGUCAGCUACUCAAUUUUGUCUAUAGAUGCACCUUAGACACCACAGCUGGCAAUCUCAACUACAGACUACAACUGCACUUGAUAUAUUAUAACUGUCAAUUUUGUCCCCACCAAAUAUUUCCAAGUCAUAACGGUCAAUCAAGACACCACCAACAACUUCAACAUCAUGACCAUCAUCAGUCAAACACUUAAAAAACAUUACAAAUCUCCCCCUCAUGAAGUUAACUACCUUUGAUAUUUAUUUCAACUGUUUUACAUAUACCUCGUAUUUGCAUUUUUAGAAAUUGCAUUCUGACUAUGAAAACCUGGACAAUAUCAAACUCGAGCCUGUUUUUUUCUUCAAAUAAAUAUAUCUAUAUACAUGAUGCAAUCAUGAUUCCUUUGGGUAUUAAAAAAAAAACACAAAUAAUCCUCAAAGUACACAAAUGUCUAUUUAAUAUGCAUUCAAAAGCAUUCCUAUGCAAAAGUAUUUCUUUUAACACAAAUAUAAUUAUUUUUUUUUUUUUGUGUAUUAUUUUGUUUUGCUGUUUAUACAGAAAUUUAACCAUUGAAUAAUAAUCGAUAUUUUCACAGUUGUUAUUUUCACAGUGUGAAAAUAACAAUGGGGACUAUUUGCUGCAAUAUUAAUCCGCAAUACAUAAGAUAUCUUUUUACGUUAUAUAUGAUUAAUUUUUCAUGUAUUUUAUUUAAAUACACAAAAUAGAAUUGAAGUUUCUUUUUAUUCAAAUGUGUUGAAUUUUACAUAUUUUGCAUAUUUCUUAAGGUACUAUAUUUUCUGUGCAAUAUUGUUUUGAAUGUCAAUAUUACAGGGACCGUGAAAAGUGCUUUAAAAGAAAAAAUAGAAGAAAACGUAAUUGACAGAAAAUUCAAUAUUUUGUUGUUGCAUGGAUAUAUAAUUUAUUUCACUUGCCUCGCACUCUUGAAAAUAUAAGAAAAAUAUUCUGUCUCAUAAGAUAAACUCUGUGCGGAGAUGGAUCAGAUCAGACCUAAACACAGAGAUUGUUUUCAAUACUCAGUAUUCUGUCACUUUGAUUUACAGUGCAGUGUACAGCCGAUGACUCGUGUGUAGAUGAGCUAGUCAAGGACCAAUGAGUAGAGCUCUCAAUAAGGAUAGGUGUUCGGAUGAAGCUCAAGUUCUUAACGAUUUUUCCAAAACAUUUGUUCUGCUCAUGCAGCCUGGUAUACUAUGUCUGUAGAAUGUCUUAAGAUGCUGCAUAUUAUUACGAAAUGUUAAUGGGACUCACAGCCCUGACUCCUGAAAAUAAGUAGAUGUGCAUUUUGAUAUAAUAUGUAUUUUAGAACAUUGGAUUCACAACUCUGAAGAAGUUUGUUUCAUGUAUUUAUUUGUGAAUAAUUGUAUUAUGUCAGUGUCUGCCUAAAUCUUUUGUGUGAAUUUUGUUUCAUUGUAGUCCAAAUACCUGUGAUAUAUUCCUUGUUAAGGUGGUAACAAACAGGUAACAAAAAAUGUUCUUACAAUUCAAUUUUUUUUUUUAAUUAGAGGACUUUUUUAUUAUCAGGAAACUGCAUAUGUAUGCAAAAUUUAAAAGAAAUUUUACCUUUAGAAUUUUUUUUUUAUAAAUUUCACAAAUCCAGUAUCACGUAAACGUUUGAAUUACAUGAAGUGCUUCCAAAAUGAUAGUUUUUUGGAUACUGUUUGGGACUGCCUUAAACACAUUUUUAAGUCCAUUGAUUUUGAUUGGCAUAUAUUACCAUGUUUGAGCAUAAUUCUCAGAAGUACAGUAAUAAGUGUUGAAAAUGUAAUAAACUUUUGAAUCCUGUGAA